UCAAACCGCCUGUCCACUCUUUUUCUAAUAUUGUUUCUUUUUCCUUCUAAUGUUAGCUUAAAAACCCCCCCUCUCAUCCCUUUCAAUAGUAACAACACUUGAUAUCCCAAAAUUUCCUCUCUUCUUCUUCUUCUUCACCAUAACUAUGACUGGAAAAAGAAGCCAAAAUAGCCCGGUUGGUAGCCCGUUAUCGGGCGAUAACUCCUCCAAAGAGCUAGACAAGUUCCUCCCUAUAGCCAAUGUUAGCAGAAUAAUGAAAAAAUCCCUUCCUGCUAAUGCAAAAAUCUCCAAAGAAGCCAAAGAAACUGUCCAAGAAUGUGUUUCUGAGUUCAUUAGCUUCAUCACGGGCGAAGCCUCGGAUAAAUGCCAGAGAGAGAAGAGGAAGACCAUUAAUGGAGACGAUCUUUUGUGGGCUAUGACAACAUUAGGGUUUGAGAACUAUGUUGGACCCUUGAAGGGUUAUCUCAAUAAGUACAGAGAAACUGAAGGGGAAAAAAAUAUUAUGGCUAGAAACGAAGAACCUUUUGAACCAACUAACGAUAAUUAUAUUAUAACCAGUAGUAAUAGUACUACUAGUUAUAAUAAUAAUAUUGGUGUUCAUGGUCAUGGUCAUGAUCAUGUUACAAAAUUCGCAAAAAGGCCUGAAUUUAUUCAGAGUUUUAAUAAUGGCAAUCUUGCGCAAAGUUUUGGAGAUUAUGGAAGGGUUAAUGUCUAUGGUGAGAAUCUGACCUCCGCAGCUAAUCUUCAUGGGGUUGAAUGGUAGACUAUUUCGGGAUUGUUCCUUGAUUUGUGUAUGUUAUCCUUCGUGCUAAUUGGUUCCAAUUUUAUCAGAUGUCCCUGAAGGGACUAAUGGUAGACUUAUUUGGGAAAUUAAUAUUAAAAGGUGUCCUAGUUUCUUAACUUAUUGCAUAACUUUUUUUUAUGUUAUCUUUAUUUUUCUUUGUCAAAUUAACUCAUUUUGUAACCUUUUAUAUGUGUUAAGUAUGAUAGUUGAAUUUAUAUAGGUCUGAUUAUGUAUCUUUCUGAUGUAAUGAAUGAGCUGAUUCAUUAAUUAAUGUCAUGCUAUUAUUUGUGUCUA